GCUCAUCAUGUUCCGUCAAAACCAUCAACCCCCCUACUCUCUCCUCUUCUUCCUCCCCUAACGUCUUCCGUCCGUAACGUCCGCCUAUGGCCUCUUCCGUUGACGACGAGUUCUCUCUCAUCGACGACCACGAAACUAACCCUAGCCACCACCACGUUCUCCACCACCACCAUUCUUACGCGCAGGUCCACGCGCCGCCACCCGAUAACCACAACGGCGAUGAUGACUCUGAUUCUGCUUUCCGUGGAGCCAACUUCGUUAACAACAACAGUAGUAACGCGACGUCCUCCGAUGUACGGAUCGAGAAGAGGAGGGACCAAGAAGAGAUAAACGAUGGAGUUUUGAAGAGAUCGAAGCAAUCGGCGGCGACUGAGUACCGGAAAGACAGGGAAGAAUGGAGCGAUGCCGCGAUCGGGUGUUUGUUGGAGGCGUAUAUGGAGAAGUUAACGCAGCUGAACAGGGGGAAUCUUAGAGGAAGGGAUUGGGAAGAGGUGGCGGCGGCGGUUAGCGAGCGGUGCGAGAAGCAGAGCAAGAGUGUGGAGCAGUGCAAGAACAAGGUUGAUAAUCUGAAGAAACGGUAUAAGCUUGAGAGGCAUAGGAUGAGUGAUGGUGGCAUCACGGCGAGUCAUUGGCCUUGGUUUAAGAAAAUGGAAGAGAUUGUUGGUAAUUCUCUGCCUGCAAAGGCGGUGGUUGAAGAAGAUAAGGGUAGCGCUUCUCCGGGAACCGUUGUUAGACAAUCCAAAAGCAGAUAUACUUCAGCUGCACCAAACCCUGUAGGUCAGAUGAUUACCAUGAAAUCAAAAAGUCCUAAAUGGCGCAGAGUGGUAUUCAAAAUUAGCGGUGCCGCUCUUGCUUGCACCGGUCCUCCCAAUAUCGACCCCAAGGUGGCGAUGCUGAUUGCUAGGGAAGUUGCAAUUGCUUGCCGCCUCGGUGUAGAGGUAGCAAUCGUUGUUGGAGGUCGCAAUUUCUUUUGCGGAGACACGUGGGUUGCAGCUACCGGUUUAGAUAGAAGUACUGCAUAUCAAAUUGGCAUGAUGGCAUCCGUGAUGAAUUCUAUACUACUGCAAUCGUUGUUGGAGAAGAUGGGUGUUCAGGCCCGUGUGCAAACGGCAUUUUCUGUGCAAGAGGCAGAACCGUACAGCCGGGUACGGGCCAUACGUCAUCUUGAAAAAGGUAGAGUUGUAAUAUUUGGUGGCAUUGGUGCCGGCACUGGAAAUCCACUCUUUUCUACUGAUACAGCUGCAGCACUUCGAGCUUCAGAAAUUCAUGCCGAGGCAGUUGUUAAAGGUACGAAUGUCGAUGGUGUUUAUGACUGUCAUUCCCAGGACAACAAUGCUACAUUUGAACACAUCUCCUUUCGAGAUCUAGUCUCGAGAGGUGCCACAACCAUGGACAUGAUGUCAUUGACCUUCUGUGAAGAAAAUGGCAUUCCGGUUGUGGUCUUUAAUCUUCUUCAGCCUGGAAACAUCUCGAAAGCAUUAUGCGGAGACCAAGUUGGUACGUUGAUCGAUCAAACUGGAAGGAUAAGCUGAUCCAAUGCAUUCCCAGUUGUUGUGACCCUCGAUAUAAGUCCAGCUUGCCAACUUUAUCGUAAAUCCAUAAUUCUUAUGGCAUCAAUAUCUAGUGUAUUUAAAUGCAUUAGAAAUAGUAUCAACUUAUUGAAUCAUCACCUAUGGAAGAUGGCUGCUGCAAUGUACCAUUACUGAUUUACAAAAAAGACAUCUGUGAGAUUUCUAGUUCACUGAUAAUACUAAUAGAUUAGAAUUAGAAGUAAGUAGGAAGUUGUCUUAAAUGAAACUUAUUACUGUCAACAAUGUAUCAUAAAUUUUAUUAUUUGCAAAUUUAUAGAUCCAUUUCUUGACUUGCUGACAA